AUGGCCACGCGUGGCGAGGCUGCGCCGCGCGCGCAGGUCCCCGGGCGGCCGCAGAACGCGAACAGGUCAGCGGGUCUGACGGGGGCGGCGGGGCAGAGCUACAGCUUGGUGUACAAGUGGGAGCACGAAGCACGCUUGAGUGAUGACCAGGUGCAUGCUCUAGCGGUGCUGGCGGGACACACGGCGGAGCGCCCGCUGCCCGACCACGUCCUCCACGAAGUCACGUCGCCGCGGGCAGGGGCGGCGACGCAGGAGGGCGCGAAGGUUCGCGAGGACCGACCGGACGCGCCCGCGGGCCCCUCCGUCGAGGAACUCGAGCGCGCCGUGCUCCACAACGGCCGGGAGUUCCGCAAGUGGCACGCCCAGGUCGAAGCCGUGCGCGCACACGAACGCGAGGGGCGUUUUCGUGACCACGCCACCGCCCUGGCAUCGCGGCUCGCGGACUGCGACGAGGUCCUCUCCCAGAUCGACGCGGUCCUCUCCGUCCUCGACACCGUCCACGCGGAGGCCAAGGGCGUCGCUGCGCGCACCGCUGCACUCCACGACGGUUGCGAGCGCCUCGCGCAGGAGAAGGAUGCCCUCGAGGCGUACGCGGACCGCCUCACGGAGUCGCUGGAGUUCUUCGCGGAGGCGGACCGCGUGCAGGACCUCCUGUCAGGCCCCGGGGCGAUGUCGGCCGAAACCGACCAGUUCAUGGCUACGUUGGAACGUCUCGACAAGUCAAUCGAAUUCGUGUCGUCGCACCCGCGGUUCAGGGAAUCGGCAUCGUACCAGACGCGCUUCCGGCAGCUGCGCUCCCGCGCGCUCUACAGCCUCCGCACGCGCGCUGUGGCGGCCCUGAAGUCUGCAUGCGAACAGUCCGCCUCCGCUGACGCCGCGCCCGGCGCGCCCGGCGGCGACCAGCACACCGCCGCGACGAUCCGCUUCCGCGCCAUCGCCGAGCCGACGCUCUGCCCGCUCAUCGCCACGAUCGAAGCACGGGCCGGCGCCGACCCUGACCACGCACAAGCAAACGGCGUGCGUUUCGGGGCGCCGACGGCGACGUCGGCGACCGCGGAGUACCGCCGGCUGCUCGAGGAUCUCCGCAACGCGUACUGCGACGCCCGCGCGCGCGUCGCGUUGCCCCCUCUGCGUGGAAAAGUCAACAGCGUGCCCAUCGCGCCGCUGCCGGCCUUCCUUCGGGGAGCGGCCGCGCACCUGCUGCGCGCGUGCGAGGCGGAGACGUCGCUGAUGGCGCACAUCUUCCCGGCCUCGGCGCGGGCGGACCCGCGCGGCUGGCCGUCGCCGUUGGUGUCGAACCUCGCGGACGCGCUCUCGGAUAUACUUUUGCCGUCUGUCAUCGCGACGCGCGACAUACCGGUCCUCUGCGACACCAUCGACGUGCUCCAGCGCGAGAUCCUCGAAGGCGACCUCCCCGCGCGCGGCGGCGCCGUCGCAGCCGCGUUGGAAGGCCCGCUGACAAGCAUGUUGGGAGAUGUGCGCGAAAGACUGAUUUACUGCAUUGAGUCGGCCCUGAGCUCGACCGUGCAGGGCUUCCGGCCCACGGACGCCGACCUCGACUACCCCGCGUGCCUCGAACGGCGGGCGCGCGACGCUGGCGCGGCCGGCUGGGCCGACGCAGGCAUGGGGGAGUCCGAGGCUUGGUACCCCCCCCUGGCUUCAGCCGUGACGCUGCUCGGGCAGAUGAACGGGCGGCUGGCGCCGCGGGUGUUCUCCGGGAUGGCGAGCGAGGCCGUGCGGUCGUGCACUGCGGCGCUCGAGUCGGCAUCGCGGGCAGUGUCAUCCAAGGCGGGCAGCAUGGAGGGGCUGCUGUUCCUGGUGCGGCACCUCCUGGUGCUCAAGUCGCACGUGCAGUCGUUCCAGGGGGACUUCGAGGACACGGAGAUCGAGCUCGACUUCUCGCACAUGAGGGAUCAGCUCCGCCGCAUCAUGGGCGGCGAGGCGUCCCUCUUCGCGUUCUCGUCCUCCAACCCGGCCCUGCAGCUGCUGUCCGAGGGCCCGAACGUGCGCGACGCGACGCGCGACGCCCGGCGGCAGCUGGACCAGGCGCUGCGGUCCGCAUGCGAGAGCCUCAUCGGGGCGUGCAUGAAGACCGCGGUGGAGCCGCUGGUCACGUUCAUCACCAAGGUGACGUCAGUGCGCGUGUCGGGGGCGGCCGCCGACGCGCCGCUGCGCGAGAUGGCGUUCGCCAGCGUGGAUCGCAUCGUCGAGAUCGUCACACGCGUCAACGAGGCCAUGGAGAACGCGCUGCCGCAGGCAGUGCAGCGCAUGUCGCUAUACCUGGGGCGCACGUCCGAGGCGCGGCAGGCGCUGCUGCGGCCCAUCUGGUCCAACGUCGCGGAGGCGCACGGGCAGAUUGCGGCGCUGUUGGAGGCCGAGUACACCCCGGAGGAGGUCGCAGCGGUGCCCCUCAAGUCCCCUGACGACCUGCAGCGGCUCCUGGAAACGCUGGAUUCUGCGUGA